AUAGUGUCACUGUACGCUGCUAAAUGGAACUAUGAACUGAACGCUGGGAAAUCGGCAACUGUGGUGAUUGGAGAAUCCAAAAACUCGAGAGAUCUACUCCGCCAGUCAAGAAGAUGGUAUGUCUCUGGAGAGAUAGUGCCCGAGAAAGACAUCUACCACCACCUAGGCAUCCUCCGCUCAGUGUCGGCAUCCACUCUCCAACGAACUACUGAGCGAUGCAGUGCAGGUAGAAGUGCAUUUUUCAGCUUGAAUGCCAUUGGGGCCCGCUUCGGUUGCCUACACCCUGCAACAACUCUCCGGCUCUACAAGACCUUCUGCAUACCUAUCCUCCUGUACGGAUCUGAAUUAUGGCACAUCACCAAGACAGAAUUGCUCCUGCUCGAGAGAGUCCAUCGAAGAAUAUUGAGAACACUUCUCGGCCUCCCAGUCCGCUGCAGCACCAAGGCCCUUCUCCACAUCUUGGGAAUUCUCGAUGUCAAGGCCCUCAUCCACCAAAGACAGAUGAACUUCCUAUUCUCCUUCUCACGGUUACCCUCCGACUCACUCCCUGUCCAGCUACUGCGCAUACGUCUGGAGAACCCACCAACUGGGUUGAUCCCCACACUGCAGAACACACUGGCUCAGUAUGGAUUCCCCCCUACCAACAUCAUACUCGCUGGCCAUUGGAGCCAAGGUGGGUGGAAGAGGACUGUCAGACGUCUGCUGCUGGCUGAGCAGUAUGCAGACUUCACCUCUGACUGCAGUCACCUCCCUCUCUCUGAAUGCGCUGAGCUGAAGCUGGGCAGGAUCAUCCCCCACCUCUUAGUCUGUCGCGGGUUCCCACGUGCCACGAAACUGAACAUAACGCGAAUCCGAUUGCUAGUGAACUGCCAUGGUCUCGGGACAGAUACAUGCAGAUUCCGGAACAACGUCUCAGACCCAACAUGCAAGCUAUGCGGAUCCGGACCAGAAGACACUACUCACUUUAUAUCUCACUGCCCCGCCCUCUCUUCUGCCCGUAUUCUCCUGCCUCUGCUGGCGGCCUCCGACCUAGCGCCGUUAUUAGACUCAGACCCGAACGGUUUUGCGGAACACAUCCUGGGAAUUCGCUGGAUCGAGGAUCCGCCACUUCAGAGAGAGAUCGUUGUGUUUCUACAUCGUCUACACUCCGAGCAUCACCGUCAACUACUCGCCCUCAUAUAAUUGCCUACCCCAUAGGCUACUCUCCUUCAGUGGAGGUACAAAGAAGAAGAAGAAGAAGAAGGUUACCGUGACCUUUGACCUUCAGUAGGAAUCGUUCCGUUUGCCGUUUGCCGUUUGCCGUUUGCCGUUUUCCGCUUUCCGCGGCUGUAUAUAGUUUUGCCUCGUGUAUCCUUUCGUCCCGACUGUCCCGUCCAACGCGGUCCGAGUCGUUUAUGCGCCUUGACUGCCGCCGACGGCAGCGAUUAGCGUUCGAGUUCUUUAGCGAUCUGGGGUUACGCCUACUUUAAAAAAACGCGUCCCAGGGCUUCUCCUUGUCGUGAGGAGGCGGCCUAGAGAACGAAAAACGCGUUUGAGAAAACGGAAGGCGUUCCAGCGAGGCUGGCUUUCUUCGAGGAAAAGCGGCACUUCGACUCCGCGUGGUAUAUACGCGCACGGUAUGUAUAUACGGAACGGAACGGUAUGCGUACGAUGUGGAACGCCGUUCGUUAACGUUACACCCCAGUUUAGUGUGUUAUGGUAGCAAUCGUUACUUGCAUGAAGCACAAAGACUUGCCUGGCGUUGUCAACAACCAGCAGCUUGUUACACAAGAAUUUCUCUCUCCUGUUAUGUUCCCAGAGGCCAGUCUCACUCCAGAGAACCUCUCCACAGUUCUAGACAUCAUGAGUGACGCUCUGUGGAGGAGGUUUGGUGAACUUGCCAACAUACCAGGGUCUGAGUUGGACAGGAUCAAGGCACAGUGUACCAGUGACAGAGAGUGCAAACAGGCCCUCAUUCUCUCCUUCAUCUCCUCACAUCCAGCACCAUCCUGGACUCUGGUGGCAAGGGCUCUCUACAUGACUGAGGGUGACGAGGGUGACGGCAGUAGUCUCAGAGCAUUGGACCACCUGCAGCAGCUGUUCCCCACUGGAAGAUUCCGCUCCAAGCAGAUCUACGAGCAGGAGAUGAAACGAGGCCACAUUGAGCUGGACCUGGACAAAAUGCUGCUGUUUGGCACGGCUGGCAGUGGCAAGACGUGCUCCCUCGCUGCACUGCUCGGAGUGGACCCUCCCACCAUCCGACACAGCACUCCAGUCAUGAAAAGACCAAUCGAGGUCGUGUUCGUGGACGUCGACGGCAAAAAACAGUGGAAGAAACGAACAUUAGACCAACUGCCAGACGUCAUCGCUGAAGUAAUGCGGUCGCGAAUACUACGGCAACAGUCAGUGGCACAGAGCAGUGGUGUCCCAGCCUCCCCCGACCAGCAGUCUCCCCACACCGCAGCCAGCCAGUCAGCUCAGCCAACUCAAGAGAAGAGGAGUAGCUCCACGUCUGAAGCAGCCGGGAAGAGCACAGUAUCCUCGGAGGAGAAGCCCAGCGCCAGGGAGCGGCAGGAGGCAGAAAGGAGGCUGGAUUCCCUGCUGCUGUCGACUGCGGUGGACGAGGGGUUUGUACAUCUCAUCAACGGUGCUCCUCCCUCCCUGCUGCCCAUCCUGCGACUGAAGCAGUUCCUCGUGCUGGACUCUGGCGGCCAGCCCGAGCUUCUGGAGAUGAUGCCCGUCUUCCUCAGGG